UUCCACUCUAUAUGAUCAUGGAUGUCUUGCCUUUGUAUCUUCUCGAUGAUAUUCUCUUCAGAUUAGAACUCAAGUCUCUGGCAAUGAUGCGAUGCACAAAUAAAUAUUUCCAAUCUUAUAUAUCCGACGACUCCGAUUUUCAAAUCGCAUAUUUUUCCAUGUACAAAAUCAAACCUAUUUUGUUGAACCUUCAUUGUUGUGGCGACAGUUGCAUCAUCUGUCACCCUUUGGUUUCUUCAUGCGAUUCUAUGUCAGUGAGGCAUAAAGAUAUAGAAUUGGAUUACAGUUACAGAUGUAGCAUAUUCGGCUCAUGCUCUGGCCUUCUCUUACUAUACAUCAAUGGUACUCUCUUCGUAGCAAAUCCCCUCACGAAGAGAUUUCGAAUCAUUGAUCACUCUGGGUCAAAGCUUAUACCUAUGUUAGUUAAGGAAGAUCAUAAAUAUGGUUGGGAUCUCCUAAAAGAGAAAAUAACUCGCACGGAGAGAGCAAUGUGUGUUGGUUUUGCUGUAAAUCGUCGAACCACCAAAAAUUUCAAGAUCGUAUGCGUUCUUGAGAUGGGAACGUUGUACGGUUUCGAGAUCAGCGACGGAUGUUCUUGGAGACUGUCGGAAACAACCAUCAACGCUGGUUCUAAAAGUGAUCUCACGACACGGAUGAAACAUGUUUACUUGGACGACACUCUUCACUGGUUGAGAAACGACGGGAGCAUCAUAGCUUUCAAUCCGGAGACAGAGCAAGCACGGCUGAUUCCUUCCAGAUUCCAUCGAAAACAGGAUAUGAAGUUACUCUUUGCAGCGGACGAUAAGACCAAUCGCUUAACUUUAAUAUCGGGGACAAAAGAAACAAUCUCUGUUUACACACUAGUCAAAAAAUCCAAGUGGACCCUUUCCAAGAGGAUCAGUAUCGUAUCUAUGGAAGAUAGUACGCUUGUAAGAUGGAACAUGGUUGCGUACGACGGCAAGCGUCUUGUGGUGAGGGAGAUGAAACACUAUACUUUCCUAGGUUUUGUUCAUGUCUUUGACAUGGAAGCUAACAGUUGGGAAUCUUUGGGGUCAAUUUGGUGUGCUCCUAAUAAUUAUAGAGACUUCUAUAUGUUUAAGCCCUCGUUGUUCUCUAUUGAGAUGGAUGAGCAGACAAAGGUUCUUGUAGCUUCGGAUGACCAACGCAUCCUCUAUCUAACCAAGGUUAUGGGACUCAUUGAUAUAACCAAGUGAACACUAUAUAUAUCUCCUGAUUUACUUAUUAUAGGUCAUGUGUCCUGAUUGAUUUUAUAGGAAUUGUUUGUUUCCUAUAUGCUUUUCUAAUUUCAAUCUCGUGGUUUUUAUGUAUUUUUAAGUCUUAAAUCAUUUGUAAGAUCAGUUUGUAUAAGACAAUUUUUUUUAUUAGACUCAAAGAGAAUCUGUUUAUGGUGAA